AUGGAUUUGUCUUUACCAUAUGAUAGGAAGAUAAAUAGCAGAAGUGUAACCACGGAGCUUAGUGAAUGGGUUGCCCAACUUAAAUGGGAAGAUGUUCCAGACAAAAUUAAGGAUAGAACAAAAUUUUUGAUCUUAGACGGCAUUGGAUGUGCCUUAGUAGGUGCUCAUUUGCCAUGGUCUGAAGAAGCAGUCGAAGCAGUUUUGAAAUUUGAAACCCCAGGAGGAGAUUCACCAAUAGUGGGCUGGAAAGGAAGAAAGACGGGGCUUGUCUCAGCAGCUUUACUCAAUUCCACAUUCAUUCAAGGUUUCGAGCUCGAUGACUACCACAGUUACGCUCCUUUACAUUCCAAUUCUAUAAUUUUGCCUACACUUUUGAGUUUAUGUUCUAAAGAUCCCAGCAAGCAUUCAGGGAGAGACUUUAUCUUAGCAACAAUAGUCGGGUUCGAAGUUGGACCAAGAGUUGGCAAAUCAAUUGGGGGAAGUUCUAUUCUCUCGCUUGGUUGGCACAGCGGUGCUGUCUUCGGUCCACCUGUGGCCGCUGCGUCUGCCUGUAAAUUCUUGAGCCAUAACGCCAUUCAAAUUGAAGAUGCUUUUGGAAUAGCUUGUACCCAAGCGUCUGGUCUCAUGUCGGCACAAUUUGAGUCUUCUGUGAAACGAAUGCAACACGGUUUUGCUGUUAGGAAUGGCCUAUUCGCAGCGUUAUUGGCAGAUUCAAAUUACAAAGGGAUUUCAAAGGUCUUUGAAAGAAAGUACGGUGGCUACAUUCCAGUUUUCACUUUGGGUGGUUUGAAACCUAAACCUGAAGAGAUAUCCUUAGGCUUAGGUGAAAUUUGGAGAAUAGAAGGUACCUUAGUGAAACUACACCCUUGCAUGGGAGGGAUCCAUUCCACAUGCGAAUGUGUAGAAGAACUAGUCAAUAGCCAGGAGGUUGAUUCUAAAAAUAUUGAAGGAGUUAAAAUUGAAUUAGGUAAAGCAGCUUUUCAUCAUGGGGGCUGGAAAGCACAGAGACCAAUCAAUGUUAUUGGUGCACAGAUGAAUAACUCAUACAUCGCCGCAUCUAUAUUUGUUGAUGGGUCACUUCAAAUGAAAUCUUUUACCGAAGAUAAAUUGAACCGUGAAGAAGUUUGGGAUAUUGUAAAGAAAACUCAAUGUGUAGAAAACAACUUUGAGGGCCAAAUUGACCCUCAGUUCAAAUUAUGCACUCAAGUUACAGUAACGACGAAGGAUGGGAAAGAGCAUAUAUCGAGGGUUGUCAAUCCAAAGGGAGUGUUGCCUCCAUUAACCGGAAAAGAAAUUGUCGAAAAAUUUAAAAAUUUAACUAACAAUGUUAUUACUAAAGACCAGCAGGAUAAAAUUAUCGAAACAGUUUUGAAUUUGGAUAAAUUCGACAUGUCUUGUCUAUUAGACUCCUUGGAUAUUGACACUAGCAACCCGCUUGCUGUCUAA